AUGGCGAUAUUCUCGUCUCCAUUACUCCUAGGAGCAAUCAUUCUUGCCGCUCUGGUUGCUCUCAGAUCUUAUCGAUUGAAUGCAGACACAAGGCGAAGAUAUGCUCUUCUAGGUGCAGGACCACCUGAGCGUGUGUCCACUAAUACAUUUGGUCUAGGCAUUGCCAUUGAAAUCUUGCGUGCUCUGAGGAAACAUGAGUUUUGGCAUUGGACGAAAGAUGUUUUGGAUACCCACAAUCAUACAGUUGAUGUGCGGAUGUUUGGGAACAGCAUGUACCUGACCGAUGAUCCUGAGAACAUCAAGUACAUCCAAGAUACUGAGUUUACUCGGUUUGCAAAGUCGAAAGCUCAGCAUGAAAUCUUUAAACACAUACUCGGCGAUGCAGUAUUCUCAAUGGACGGUGAAGAGUGGAAGCAAGAGAUCAGUUUCCUUAAAACCCACAUGAGUCGAAUUCGCGAUACCGACUUCGAUAUCACUGAGAAACAUCUGAAGCAUGUAAUCGAUCUUCUUGCGACCCCUGGAACUGACGCAUUCGACGCUAUCGAUCGAUGGCAGUUGGACGUCGUGACGCAUGUAUUCUGCGGCCAGUCGACCGAUUCGUUAACUUCCAAUCAGCAGCCUUUUCGCGACGCGAUGGAUGUCCUACUUGGAAUCAAUAGCUUUAGGCAGAUCAUGGGUCCUGUUGGUGUCUAUCUUCGAGAUGACUGGCUUGCUCCGCGAGCCACACGUGAGAUUGAUCGAUACCUGGACCAAUUCGUCGACAAAGCCAGCGCUAGAAAAUAUAGCGGUGACCAACCCUGUCUGAUUGACGAUCUCAUUCGGAAGGGUAAAGGUCGCGGUAAUAUCAAAAAUGCAGUUAUAUCGACGCUACUUGCUGGCAAAGAUCCUUCGACUACAACACUUGCAUGGGCUUACUACGAAAUUGCACGACAUCCACACGUAUUUGCGAAAAUGAAGGCCGAAGUCAAGGAACAUGUUGGAGAUCGGCUGCCAACCUUAACCGACCUACAUAAAUUGAAGUAUAUACGGAAUGUGAUCAAGGAAACACUACGCGUUCACCAUCCUUUGGGAAUAAAUGCUCGUGUGCCCGUCGAAGACAUGACCUUGCCACGGGGUGGAGGCCCCGAUGGUAAAUCACCGGUAGCUAUCUUGGAGGGAACACAGAUUGUAUAUGGCCUCUUGUCAUUGCAGCAUCGUACUGAUCUCGGAGUAAAGGAUGUUAGCCUAUGGAUACCUGAGAGAUGGGAUUCAUGGAAGCCCAGUAGCCAGUGGGAGUACAUUCCUUUCAACCACGGUCCCAGGAUCUGUCCUGGGCAACAAUUUGCAAACUUUCAGAUGGAGUAUUUCUUCACUCGACUAUGUCAAGAGUUUGAGACCAUCACACUUACGCCUAAAUCUAUGCCUCAGGAAGGCAAGGUUAAGAUUGAGUUGAAUACUAAGCUGGCCUAUCCAAUCUUUGCGGAUGCAAAAAGGCGGACAAAGUCUUGA